UUAAGUUAUUUAUUAGUUAUUAGUUAUUAUUUAGUUAUUAACUAACUAGUUACUCUGUAGUUACUCUUCUUCUGUCAUCAUGAUUGCUCCCUCAUCACAUUCGAUUCGUUUCCAGCUCGUUCACACACAGCAGCUGUUGAACGCCUCGCCCCGAAUAUUCCCUAAAUUAUUCCAGAUCUUCAUCACCCGCAACAUGAGUACUGCUCAAUUGGCGUAUCAACCCCCCUCCAUCAAUAAUAUUGAGGAUGUUGAGAACUAUCGAAAGGGUGGAUUUCACCCUGUCCAACUUGGUGAUGCUUUUUCUCACGGAAGAUACCGCGUGCUGCACAAAUUAGGCUUCGGGGGAAGCUCAACUGUAUGGUUGGCCCGGGAUGAACUAUCACAACGGCUUGUAUCCCUGAAAAUUCUUACAGCGGAGAGAUCAAAUGCCUGCCCUGAACCUGAAAUUCUUCGCUAUCUUCAAAACAAUCCAUCCCACACAUUAGGCCGUGAAUACAUCUUGCCACUGCAUGACUGCUUUCACACAGAGGGGCCUAAUGGCCGUCAUACCUGCCUUGUAUCACUGUUUGCUGGCCCCAGUUUAAGCCAACUAUCAGAAUCACCCGGCCAGCCUGGAGGAUGUCGCCGCCUGCGAGGCCAUGCCUCACGCCAAAUUGCAAAGCAGGUAGGGCUAGCUAUAGAAUUUUUACACUCUCAGGGUGUUGUUCAUGGAGACCUCACUGCAUCAAACAUUCUUUUCCAGCUGGCCGAUAUCAAAUGGUCAGAUCAAGAUAUAACAAAGCAAUUCGGGCCUCCAGUCACAGAGAGUCUACGCCCCCUUUCUGCAGAACAGAGUGUUUGCGCGCCGGAAUUUUUGGUCGCGCCCCUUCAGAUCUCAGACCUUGACACCCGCCAUUUCACCGGGAACAUUCAACUGAUUGAUUUUGGGGAAUCUUUUCUAUCAAACUCCCCCCCUGCCACGGGAGUCAGGACUCCAUUCUCAUAUCUUGCGCCCGAGGGGAUAUUUGAUGCCAAGGCCAGUGUAUGGGCCGAUCUCUGGGCGCUGGGAUGCAUCAUCUAUGAAAUCCGCGCCGGGACACAGCUAUUUGCUUCCUUUUUUGGUGGACCAGACGAGGUACUUCGGCAAAUCGUCCAGACAUUUGGAAAAUUACCAGAGCCCUGGUGGAGUGCCUGGACAGCGCGCCAGACUUAUUUCAACAACAAUGAUGGAAAGCCGAGGGAUUCAUGGCUGAAUGGAAUACCACUGGCAGUGGAGUAUCCACUGGGCCAGCAGGUUAGGGAUAUUGGGGCGGAAGACGGACAGGUUGAUCUGGACUCCUAUUCAACACAUAGCUGGCUUGAACCGCUGGGGACGCGCUUGACAGAAGCUGAGGCCAGCGAGCUUGAGGAUUUACUGUUUAAACUUCUUCAGUUUUCACCAGAGAAACGUCUUUCUGCUGGCCAGGUUGUCAAACACCCUUGGCUUCAAGGUGUUGAAUAAUAAAUUCUUCCCCCUGCAGUAGAAAGUGUUAGCCCUCUCAUGUGCCCAUGUUGACCAGUCGAUCACCAAAGAAUCAGUAGUGGAGCCUGGCUACACUGUUAUAGAUCUUACAAUACUAUAAAGAUGUUGUGUACAAGUAAAUAAUCGGAAUACUCUAUUUGGGGGCAUUCAAGAUCUAGCAUGUCAAUCACUUUUCUUGAGACAAUUGCUCUAAACAUUCCCUUCUUUUCCUGCCUUCAUAUGAACAGAUACCGCACUGUCUGAUCACAGCAAAACAUCUUUCUCUGUCUUUCAACCACCAGGCCACUUGAACAUGUCCAGAGGUCUAAACUGAUUGUAAUGCAUCUUGUUCUUGAUGAGGCUGAGGACUCGGGGUGAGUAAAUAAACAAAGUGUGGCGAGCUCUGAAAGUAGGUGCCACGCCCUUCGCAAGGGGUGAUAGGAGACUAUACUGAAUGUGCUAGCGGUAUGACACUUGGGUUGCUCGAAUGAUCCAGUUUCUUGGCCCAUAUGAACAUUUACCAGGCGC